UGAAGAAGUAACAUUUUAGAAAUCUGGUGGAAAACGACAUAUCUUGGAUACCACGUGAUCUGUUUAGCGGAACCAACAUUAGUUUUCUUGCCCUCAGUGCGAAUAAGAUCGGACCACUGAUCCCUGCAGAAGCAUUCAUUAACAUGCCGAAGCUAUUGUACAUAUCAUUCGACGCGAACGAAAUCAAGCAACUCUCUUGCACAGAAAUGAACUUCUUCUCUGCGUCUCCACUUCAGCAUCUGUGAGUAUUAUAGGCAAUAUAAUGUCAUUUUUAUUUGAUUUGUGUAGACUAUAUCGUCGUUUUUUUCAGAAAUUUAAGCCACAACCAAAUUUCAUGCGUUCAAGAACACACCUUCGAUGACAUGAAGUAUUUAAAGAUCUUAGAGCUUGGCCACAACAAGAUACCUGACUUCGGUAGCUGCUUGUUCAAAAACUUGACAGAAAUAAUGCACAUAGACCUCAGCCACAACGAAAUGACUGAAUUGAAACGUUUAGCGUUCAGUGAUCUGCCCAACGUAAAACGUAUUCGACUCCACAAUCAGAAGAUCGCAUGCAUUGACACUCACGCCUUUGUUGAUGUUCCCCGCAUUGGAGAGAUAUAUAUAAGCAGUAACCGAUUGCCUACUUUUCCACAUGCAACGUUUGAAUAUAGAAACUGGCCUUCUCUAUACUCAAUACACGCUGACAACAACCUGAUUCAAUCAAUCGAGGAAUAUCCGGAGGUUUCUUUCAAGGGGAGAGACUGGGAACGGUAUUGUCCUGGAAGGCAAAGUUUUAUUCCCUUUCAAAGUCUGGGUCAAAUAAGACAUUUGUAA